GCCGGAGUGGGCGGGGCCGUGACGUUGGUGUGUGACGUCAGGACAGCCGGAAGGGAUGUGAGAAGACCGGCCAGUGCAGAGUUCAGGGAGAGGAUGGCGGAGGAAAAGGAGAAGCUAAUUCAGGACACAAGAAAGAGAUUUGCACAGGAUUAUUUACAAGACAAUUCCAGUAAGUAUGAUAGCCGCGACGUAGACAGACUUCAGAAGGAUGAUGGCUGGGUGGAAAGCUAUCUGCUGUGGAGGCAUAACGUGAUUGAGGAUGCUUUGAAGAUGAUUGAUGACAGCUUUAGAUGGAGGAAAGAAAUUGCUAUUAAUGAUCUAAGUGAAUCCAUUAUUCCCAGAUGGUGUUUUGAAGUCGGUGCUACUUAUCUUCACGGUUAUGACAGAGAAGGCAAUAAACUUUUCUGGCUCAGAGUAAAGCUUCAUGUUCGAGAUGCCAAAACGAAUGAAGACAAGAAGAAAUGUGUGGCAUUUUGGUUGGAGCGUUAUGCCAAGAGGGAGCCGGGCAAGUUCCUGACUGUUGUCUUUGAUAUGGCUGAAUGCGGACUUAGUAAUAUAGAUAUGGAUUUUGUACGUUUUGUAGUCAACUGUUUUAAAAUCUACUACCCAAGAUACCUGUCAAAGAUUGUUAUCUUUGAGAUGCCAUGGAUAAUGAAUGCUGCCUUUAAAAUUGUGAAAGGCUGGCUUGGUCCAGAAGCCGUGAACAUGCUGAAAUUUGUGAACCGGAAUGAAGUUCAUGACUACAUUAGUGCUGAAUACUUACCUCCACACAUGGGGGGAACAGAUCCAUUUAAAUAUAGCUAUCCCCCAUUACCCGAUGAUGAUUUCCAAACCCCAAUGUGUGAAAAUGGGCCAAUUACCAGUGAGGAUGAGCUUGAAAGUAAAGAGGAAAGUGAGGCGGACCCAAGGGAUGCCGUCGAUUCAUGUACAUCUGAGGAGAGUGCUCUCAAGCCCAGAAAGUUUAACUUCACUGAAGAGCAUUUCAAACAUGAGGAUAGCGAGAAGACUGACUCAAAGCCGAAAAACAACAGGAGGACAUCAACGGUUUUUAAGGGACCUUUACUACACAUUAGUCCUGCAGAUGAAUUGCAUUUUGGAUCCAAGGAAAGCGGAGAAAGAAAAUGUAUUAUUGUUCUCAAUAAUGUGACCAAAAAUACAGUUGCUUUUAAGGUGAGGACAACUGCCCCAGACAAAUACAGAGUGAAGCCCAGCAAUAGUAGCUGUGAACCCGGCUCCACGGUGGAUAUUGCGGUUUCCCUUCAUGCAGCCUCUACAGCAUCACUUCAAGAUCGCUUUUUAGUGAUGGCUGCAGAAAUGGAGCAGUCCUCGGGUACAGGAGCGCCGGAAUUGGCACAGUUCUGGAAGGAGGUGCCCAGGAAUAAGAUAAUGGAACACAGAUUAAGAUGCCACGUUGUGGAAACCAACAAGCCUUCCACAUUAGUAUUAAAGCAAAACGCGUUAAACAGGAACUCUUUAGGAAGUGACGAUCUUGCGUUUAAGUUAAGUCAAAUACUAGAAACGAACCGAAGACUGGAAGAGCAAAUUAAUCAGUGUAUCUGGUAUCAGCAUGUGAUAGCUUUUUUAUUGUCCAUUUUAGUGGCCAUAGUUUUUGCUGGAUUGUACAUGUUGAAAGACACAAGCAGCUAGGUAACAAUGGAAAUUCUGCUCAUGCUGAUACGUCUUUGAAAAGAAGAGGACUUUCACCUGACCAAAGUUGCCUUUAUUAUUCAGUGUGCGAUUUAACUACAAAGUAACAUGAAUAAUCAAGAUAUCCAAGAUACACAUGAAUGUUUUAGAAGCCAAUUUGUGUCACAUUAUAGGUAUCCUAUU